UCCAAAACACCAGGGCGAGUUGCUACCUGGGAGCUAGUGAGGGGAGAGGAAGAAGUCUUCUCUCUGAAGUUUCUGUGCUGCAGGACCCAAAGCCUUGUCCCACAACCAUGGAGGGAGCCGACGAGUGCAUGAAGUACCGCUCACCGCUGGUGUCCAGAUAUGCCAGCAAAGAAAUGGCCUACAACUUCAGCGACAGGAAGAAAUUCAGCACCUGGAGGAAGCUGUGGAUUUACCUGGCCAAGGCUGAGAAGGCUUUGGGUCUGUCCAUCACGGACGCUCAGAUAGCGGAGAUGGAGAGCCACGCAGAGGACAUCGACUUCGCCAUGGCGGCCGAAGAGGAGCGUAAGCUCAGGCACGAUGUCAUGGCUCACGUCCACACCUUCGCCCACUGCUGCCCCUCCGCCGCUCCCAUCAUCCACCUGGGAGCAACCUCCUGCUACGUGGGAGACAACACUGAUCUCAUUAUGCUGCGAGAUGGCUUCGACGUCCUCUUGCCUAAGCUGGCGAGAGUCAUUGACAGGCUGUCAAACUUCGCAGAGAAAUAUGCUGAUCUCCCCACGCUUGGAUUCACACAUUACCAGCCUGCCCAGCUGACCACGGUCGGUAAGCGAGCCUGUCUGUGGCUGCAGGACCUCGCCAUGGACAUGAGGAACCUGCAGCGAGCCCGAGAUGAUCUUCGCUUUCGGGGGGUCAAGGGGACCACUGGCACCCAGGCCAGCUUCCUGCAGCUUUUUCAAGGGGAUCAUGAUAAAGUGGAGGAGCUGGACCGGAUGGUAACUGAAAUGGCUGGUUUCAAAAAAGCCUACCUGGUGACUGGACAGACGUACAGUCGUAAGGUGGACGUGGACUGUCUGUCCAGUCUGGCCAGUUUGGGAGCCACUGUUCACAAGAUUUGCACCGACAUCCGCCUGCUGGCUAACCUGAAAGAGAUCGAGGAGCCUUUUGAGAAGGAGCAGAUUGGAUCCAGUGCCAUGCCCUACAAGAGGAACCCCAUGCGGGCGGAGCGCUGCUGCAGCUUGGCCCGUCACCUGGUGGCGCUGAUGGCCGACCCGCUGCAGACGGCCUCGGUCCAGUGGCUGGAGAGGACGCUGGACGACAGCGCCAACAGGAGGAUCUCCCUGCCCGAGUCCUUCCUGACUGCAGACAUCAUCCUCAGCACCCUGCAGAACAUCACAGAGGGCCUGGUGGUCUACCCCAAAGUCAUUGAGAGACACAUCCGCCAUGAGCUGCCCUUCAUGGCCACGGAGAACAUCAUUAUGGCGAUGGUGAAGGCUGGAGGAAACAGACAGGACUGUCACGAGAAGAUCCGCGUUCUGUCCCAGGAGGCAGCAGCCGUGGUCAAACAGGAGGGCGGUGACAAUGAUCUGCUGGCCAGAGUCCAGCGAGACCCCUACUUCGCCCCCAUCCUGGGGCAGCUGGAUGCCCUGCUGGACCCCAGGACCUUCAUUGGCCGUGCUCCACAGCAGGUCACCAGGUUCCUGUCUGAAGAAGUGCGCCCCCUGCUGGAGCCGUACAACGCGAAGAUGGACGUGAAGAUUGAGCUUGAGCUUUAACUGAGAUGAGCAGAUGUUUGGCCUGUAAAUGCUGUGAUGCAGCUCAGUAAAGAAACUGAUGAAAUCA